AUGAAGGUUACCACUUCCAUCACCUUGCUCGGAGUUGCCUCCCUGACGCAUGGCUAUGUCGUGCCGCGCGAUCUCAAGACAGUUGUAGAUGUCUUCACCUCAGUCCAGACCAGCAUCGACGGCCUUGAUACUGUUGUCAAGGCUUGGUCUUCUGAUCUUGCUCCGCUUCUGGAUGCUUCCAACAAGCUCAUUUCCUCCAUCACCACCGGUACCAACACGGUCUCGGGGUCUACACCUUUGACGCUCAUUGAGACCAUCAGAAUCAUCAAACCGGUUCAAUCACUCGAGGCACAUGCACAAACCCUUGUUGACGAUCUCAAGGGCAAGAAGCAGCAGAUCGAACAAGGUGGACUCUGCGGAGUGGUCGGACAGCAGAUUGACACCAUCAAUACGGAUAGUCAAGCUCUUACCAAGGCGACCAUUUCCAAGGUCCCGCCAGUCGCUCAAGAUGUUGCAACUCAGGUUGCACAGGGAAUUCUUGAUGUUCUUGCGGAUGCUAAGAACUCGUUUUCUGAACAGAACUGCAAGGGGAGUGCAUAG